AUGUCCGAAAGGCCGCCUCGAUAUGUACCUCUCCAUGAUUAUACGGUCGCGUGGAUAUGCGCAUUGCCGAUAGAGUUGGCGGCUGCGAAGACUUUGCUCGAUCACGUUCACUAUCGGCUUCACAAACCGGAGACUGACCACAAUAUCUACACGCUUGGGAGUCUGGGUGGACAUAAUAUAGUGGUCGUCUGUCUGCCGUCCGGUGUUUAUGGGACAACUUCUGCUACAUCCGUGGUGACUCGAAUGAAGCAAACCUUCCCCUCCGUAAAGUUCGGGUUGAUGGUCGGAGUGGGAGGGGGAGUGCCUACCAAGAAUGUUGAUAUCCGUCUAGGAGAUGUGGUCAUUAGCACACCUACGGGAAUAUUUGGCGGUGUGGUCCAGUACGACUAUGGGAAAACUUAUCAGCAGGGCCGCUUCCAGCGCACUGGAUCACUGAAUAAGCCGCAUGAGGCCCUUCUGGCCGCUGUCUCCCAGAUACGUUGCGACCAUAUGCUGCAGGAGUUGCCGCUUGGCAAGAUAAUGUCUGGCGUUUUGCAGCAUCACCAGAAGCAAUUUUCCUCUCCAGACAAAGACUGGUUAUUUCUCUCGACAUAUGAACACCAAGGGCGCAGUGGAGACUGCUCGCUAUGUGACAAAAGUCAGCUUGUCUCGCGUGGAUCACGCAUGAGCGACGAACCACAAAUCCAUUAUGGUCUGAUUGCGUCCGGCAACCAAGUUAUGAAGGAUGCUCAGAUGCGAGACUCUAUUGCAGAAGAUAUCCCUGUACUCUGUUUUGAGAUGGAAGCAGCCGGACUCAUGGAUCAGCUUCAAUGUCUCACUGCUUAUGCGAAGGCAUUAUUAUCAAUUCUUCCGCGGGUGAAAGACAUGGAGAAGUCAUAUCAAGGUACAGUAUGCGGUCAUCACAUUGCAGAAUCGCCAUCAACUGACUGUCUUGUAGAAGCUGAUUUUGGGGAGACGGAAAAAAAUUGUCUCGCAAAGCUGUUUAUCACCGAUCCUUAUGAAGAUAUAAACUCAUUGAAACGGAGAAAAGGAAACCGCACUCCAGGAACUUGCAGUUGGUUUUUGGAGUCAGACGAACUCAAGUCUUGGUUUCAGAGAGACGAUGAGCUGGAGCGAAACAUUUUGUGGCUGUAUGGCAACCCCGGAAUCGGCAAGUCGACGAUGGCCGUGACACUUGCGGAGGAAAUACCCCGUAAGAAAUAUUUUGCCGACGGGAAUUAUGUCCUAGCUUUCUUUUUUUGCGAGGCCACCUCGGAGCGCCACAGAGAGGCAACGUCGAUACUGAGAGGUCUUAUAUAUCAGAUCAUUACUCAGCACCCACCUUUCUUGAAACGGGUCUUGUCACAAUAUGAUAUCCGAGGAGAAGCACUUUUCGCCUCGUUUGAUUCCUUAUGGGCUUUGCUGAUCAACAUUGGACAAGUAACUACUGGCCCUGAGAUAUACUGCAUCAUCGAUGCAUUGGACGAAUGCGAACGCAAGUCACAGGAAAUCUUGUCUCAUCAAAUCUACCAGUCGUUCAGCAGAGCAAGCACGACCGGCUUAGACACACCCAGGGUGCACUUUUUGAUCAUCAGUCGUCCAUAUCCCGAGCUCAAGAGUUACCUGUCCACCUUUACCCGUGUUGAUCUAGGCUCAUUUGAAGAGGUAAAGAAGGAUCUUCAAUCGAUGAUCAAGGAUACAGUGAAUGACCUCGCAAGAAGGAAUGACUACACUGAUCCCGUUGCCCAGAAAGUAUGCCAAAUUCUCGAAGAGAAGGCCGAAGGUACCUUCCUUUGGGUCGGGAUAGCUCAUAAUGAAUUGAGAUCGGUGCAGUCGAGGAUGGUAGUCGAGAAGCUACAGGAUCUUCCAAAGGGGUUACACAAAUUGUAUCGGAAGCUGCUCGAUGCAGCAACAUGCGGCCCAGACGAUUACCCACUGAUCAAAAAAAUUUUGGAGACUGUUGCGUUCGCAUUGCGACCACUGACAAUAGCGGAAAUAGCUGAAGCAUGUCGUCUACAUCUUGACGCUGAUUCCGGUAGUCGCCUCCAAUUCACGAGAGAGAUUAUCGACUUGUGCCAUUUGUUGAUUGUUGUUGACAAUGGCCAUGUGCGAAUGUUGCAUAGAUCAGUGCAAGAAUUCUUAAUGAUAGAGAUGCAGGAGAUCAAUUCCUCCGGAUCAAAUUAUGCACUGACGUAUCGCUGCAUUGAAGUCAUUCUUCAACAUUGUCGGCCAGAAAUAAACACAUCAGCAUUGAAGCCUAGCCAUGGAUUCCUCGGUUAUUCAGUGCUGCAUUGGCCAGAGCAUGCAAGCCUAGCGCAGACAGACUUCAACAUUCCAAAGGAGCACGAGGCAUUUUUCCAAGGCCGAUUAGGGACGUGGAAAUGGUGGCUCGAGAGUUACAACCACCUGAUACAAGGUUCGGUGGCCUAUUUGGAUACCGGCAUCUCUGCUAUUCAUGUUGCCGCUCGCUGGGGGAUUAUCCCAUUAAUCUUGUCCAUCCCUCAGCAUGGACUGGAAGUCAAAGAUGCACAUGGGCAAACUCCCCUGCUCAUUGCCGCCCAAUACUCCAAGUUUGAAGCCAUAAAGCUUCUAGUUGAGUCUGGAGCCUGUGUGAGCGCGGUAAAUAGUGACCAUCAAAACGUCCUUCAUGUUAUUUGCAAGGAUGAACUUGGCAAUGGCUGCCAAAUGGUCAAUUCCCUGCUUGACGCUGGAGUCUCUCCGUAUGACUGUGAUAAGUAUAAUAUGACACCAUUCCUUUACGCAGUCGGAAACCUAGAUGAAAAGCUUGCACAAGUUUUUCUUCAUAAUGGUCUCGAUCUGACGGCCAAAAUUCGAAGACUAUCGUGGCCUGGACGUACAACUGUGAGCACUUUCACACACCACAGGUCUAAGGACGACAGAGAAAGUGCUGGAGUGAAUCUAGAAUCCGGCCUCACAGCGCUACAUUUCUCUUCCUUGAACGCAUGCACAAAGAUGACCGCUUUUUUACUCCAACACGGGGCCGAUCCAAAUGCUCAAUCUGAUAUUGGCGAUACUCCACUCCAUCUUGCGAUCAGGAGCCGCAUCCUGGGCCGUGAAUACGACGACGUAUGGCAGAGCGGUGAUUACGCCAUCGAGGCUUUAAGACAUUUUAUCACGGACUACGAAAGUGAGGAAGCUUCUGAUAUCUAUGGAGCCAUCGAUCUAGCUAGGACAAACAUUGUUGACACGCUCCUCGGGAGCGAAACCAUUGACGUCAACAUCGCUAAUGCUUGUGGGGAUUGCCCUCAGCACGUGAUAGACUUUAGCAAACAUUAUGCGCUGUCGAUUCUAUGCAAACUCAUAGAGAAAGGAGCGGUUAGCUCACGGCUGAACGGAUGUGGUCAGACCUGUCUCCACCUUGCCAGCAAGCAAGGGAACGUAGAGGUGGUCCAAAAACUUGUGGAUGAAGGCCACGAUAUCUUGUUGGAAGACUGCGACGGAUUGAGCCCGUUCCACUACGCCUUGCGCUCUAAUCGCUUAGAUCUCCUGCGUUGUCUGACAAUGGCAUGUGACGGUGCGCUUUCGAAGCUCUGGCACUCGAUAGAUCGUCACGGCAGAAACCCAUUACACCAUCAUGUCUCAUCCAUAUCAUGCGACUUCAACAUGGUUGACUUCCUGAUACAGAUUGGCUGCGACGUCAAUCAGUAUGAUGCGAAAGGAAACUCAUCCCUUGGCUUGUACGUGGGAUCAUGUCUCCUAGAAGUUGAGAGAGAGAUAUUCUUUCUACUGAUGAACAACGGUGCUGAUCCGCUAUGGGUUAAUGGACGCGGAGAAAAUUUGGCGCACCUCCUCAUGCACUAUAGGGGAGCGGACACUAAGAUUCUCGAGCGUCUAUUUCAUGAUAUCCUGGAUCCAGCAGCUCGAGAUAAUUACGGGAAGACCUUCAUGCACCACGGGGCCAUUCAUGGUGCGUUUACCAAGGAACUGGUAGAGUUCCUUCAACAGAGAGACUUCUUGGAUAUGGAUUCCAAAGACUCAGAUGGCAAGACUCCCCUUAACUAUGCGGAAGAAAAGGCGCAUGAAAAAGACUGGGAACACGUCCUCUUUUAUAAAACGUGGGACGUUUCCUUCGACGCCCUGUACAGGGGCUUUACAACUGCCCCAGGGGCGCCAUGCUCCAACAAGGGCAGCAUUGGAUGA